UUUUGAUGUGAUUUUAAUCCUUCCUUGCAGAAUAUUUGCUCGAGUGUUGGCCACACGUGUAGCUUGGUCGGACAAGUGGAUAGACAAUGUGCACGGCUCUGAGCCCCAAGGCACGUGGGCCUGGCCUCUCUGAUAUGCACCAGUACAGCCAGUGGCUUGCCAGUAGACAUGAGGCCAACUUGCUGCCGAUGAAAGAGGACUUGGCCCUAUGGCUCACAAACCUGCUGGGUAGAGAAAUAACAGCAGAAACAUUUAUGGAGAAAUUGGAUAAUGGUGCCUUGCUUUGUCGGUUAGCGGAGACCCUGCAGGAGAAAUUUAAAGAAAACAGCUUUGAUGCAAACAAGCCUGGCAAGACCUUACCGGUACGGAAGAUUCCCUGCAAAGCCAAUGCACCUUCAGGGUCCUUUUUUGCACGAGACAACACAGCAAAUUUCUUAUCAUGGUGCAGAGAUGUAGGGGUGGAUGAUACCUGCCUAUUUGAAUCGGAAGGUUUGGUUCUCCACAAGCAGCCAAGGGAAGUGUGCCUUUGUUUGCUCGAACUUGGAAGGAUUGCAGCAAGGUUUGGGGUGGAGCCGCCUGGAUUAAUAAAGUUGGAAAAAGAGAUUGAACAAGAGGAAACACUUUCAGCCCCCCUUCCAUCUCCUUCACCAUCACCCACAAAGUCUCCGGGGAAAAAGAGCACAGGGAAGCUGCUGGAUGAUGCUGUUAAGCACAUUUCUGAAGAUCCACCUUGUAAAUGCCCUAAUAAAUUCUGUGUGGAGCGCCUUUCACAAGGAAGAUACAGAGUUGGGGAGAAGAUUCUCUUUAUUAGGAUGCUGCACAACAAGCACGUGAUGGUGCGGGUGGGAGGAGGCUGGGAGACCUUCGCCGGUUACCUGCUCAAACACGACCCGUGCCGCAUGCUGCAGAUCUCGCGCGUGGACGGGAAAACGUCGCCCGUGCAGAGCAAAUCCCCGACCCUGAGGGACAUGAACCCGGACAACUACCUUGUUGUGUCGGCCCAUUACAAAACCAAGAAGGAGAUCAAGUGAAAGAAGCUCCUCACGGGAUCGGGACUUGGUGUAUGUAGGUCCAGGGUGUUUUCUCAAGUGUAGUAAACUUAGUUUAAGCUUUAAAAGGACUUGGGAAACUGUAAGACAGACUGAAAACGGCAACCCUGUUUGAAGAUCUUUGAGUUGUAGAGCUAUUUAUUGCCAGUUACUGUGCCUUUUAUAGCUAAUUACCCUUGGUAGGCUAAUUACUACAAUCAGAUAAGAAAUAGACAUAUAUUUUUUAGCCAAAUUAUUACUCUUUAAUAUGUGAAUGUAUGCUUAGAAUUAUGUAAAGGAAUGGAUCAUGUUAAUGGAAGAAAGUACACAGUAUAUUUGUAUGAAAAUCUUAUGACAUUGAAUCCUUGACUGGUAGCCUAGUUGAAAAGUAUCCAUGCAGGUAGAGAAAGAAGCAUUUGCGGGAAUUAUUU